GUGCACGCGGACAUAAGCAGGAAAUAUGGCGGCGCUCAUGUCCCUUACUCAAAUAUCAAGUGCAAACCCUGCAUACGAAAACUUUUACAGACAGGUGGACCCAGGAAACACGGGGAAAGUUGGGGCAGCUGAAGCAGCCCAGUUCUUGAAGAAGUCUGGACUGUCAGACAGCACUCUGAGCAAGAUCUGGGAUUUGUCAGAUCCGGAACGAAAGGGCUACUUGGACAAGCGAGGUUUCUUCAUUGCCCUGAGGCUGGUGGCUUCAGCACAGAGCGGCAAUGACGUCAGCCCCAACAAUAUCACCCAGUCCAUGUCGGUACCUGCCCCUAAAUUUCGAGACACAGCCAGCCCAUCUCUCGUAGCAGCAGCUCCAAGUGACCCCAGUUGGGCACUGAAGGUUGAUGACAAAGCCAAGUAUGAUGGCAUAUUUGAGAGUCUCUCACCAGUCAAUGGCCUUCUUUCAGGAGAUAAGGUGAAGCCAGUCCUCAUCAAUUCUAACCUACCCCUGGAUGUGCUUGGCAAGAUUUGGGAUCUCAGUGAUAUUGAUAAAGAUGGACAUUUGGACAAGGAGGAGUUUGCGGUGGCCAUGCACCUCGUGUACCGGGCCAGGGAGAAGGAGCCUGUCCCUGCCGGCCUGCCCUCCUCCUUCAUCCCUCCAUCCAAGCGGAAGAAGAGCGGGGGCACUUUGCCGGGCUCCGUGUCCGUGCUGCCCUCUAGCCCCUUCCUGCUAAAAGAGAACCUGCGGUCCACCGCUCCGCUCCGCUCGAGCCCCCUGACCGUCGCCUCCGGAAUCUCACCAUCCAACUCCUUCAGGAGCACCACUCCCAGUCCCACUGCCAGCCCAGCAUUGCAGCCUGUCUCAGCAAACUGGGUAGUGCCUCAGGAAGACAGGGCUCAAUACGAGGAUAUCUUCGAGCUGGCCGACUCUGAUUUCGAUGGCAUGGUAGGAGGAGGUGAAGUUAAAGACAUCUUUAUGAACUCGGGCCUCCCCCAGAACGUGCUGGCCCACAUCUGGUCCCUAGCAGACACUAAAUCUGUAGGCAAACUGACAAAAGAGCAGUUCUGUCUGGCUAUGCACCUUAUGCAGCAGAAGGUUAAAGGGGUUGACCCCCCUCAGAGCUUGACUGCUGAGAUGAUUCCCCCCUCAGAGAGACACUCCACUGCCAAUGCUGCCAUCUCAUCAGAAUUCCCAUCAUCGCUGGGAUUUGAAUUACCUGGACUGACUAGUGUGCCCAGAGAGACCAGCAGCUCUGUCAGCCCAGUGGAAAUGACGGGAAUCAAGGAGCUCGAUGACGUUAACAAGGAAAUCUCCCAGCUGCAGAGUGAGAAACGUAUCUUGGAGCAGGAAAUCAGGCAGAAGGAAGAGGCCAUUCGACAGAAGAACAGUGAAGUUCAGAGCAUGCACGUUGAGCUGGAGCGAGAGAACAGCGGGGCGCAGGAGGCAGAGCAACAGAAGCAAGUGGCCCAGGACAGACUGCAGGAGAUGGAACAACAGAAGAGCAAGCUGGAGGACCUGGUGAAAGAUAGCAAGAACAAGUGUCAGGAGGAGAAUAGCAGGAUCUCCUCUCUGCAGACACAGAUCCUGUCCCAUGAGGCGGACCAGCAGACCCAGGAGAAGGAGGUUAGCCGUGUCCGUACGGACCUGUACUGCUUGGAGCAGGAGGAGCAGCGUCUGGAGGAUAGCGUCCGCGCCAGCGAGAGCAAGCUGGAGAGCAUCCUGAAACUGCUGCGCACCUCGCAGGACGAGAUGGACGAGACACAUGCGGAGCUCUCCCAGAUCCAGGAGGUGCAGAAGGAGCUAAAUAGAGCCAUCGAGCGCAUCGACAAGGCCCUUGGCAGCAGCGGCACCCUCAGCCUGGCCGAGAUCGAUCAGCUGCUGGCGGAGGAGGACUCGUCGCCCAGCGCCACUGCGGAAUCCUCAUUCAGAUCCAGACGGGCCAUGUUCAGCGCCAACACCUCCUCCCAGGAUCCAUUUCAAACUGAGGACCCCUUCAAAAGUGACCCCUUUAACAAAGCUGAUCCAUUCGGGGGAGAUCCAUUCAAACAAGCUGACCCCUUCCACGACUCCUUCACCAGCUCUGACCCCUUCGCUAAAAGCGCUGCCUCGUCUUUAAAGCAGGCCAGCCCUUUCGGCUCGGUUUCAUCCACCACUCCCUCCAGGUUCAUAGACUCAGAUCCCUUUGCCACAACGGACCCUUUCGCUAGUGAGUCUUUUGGCGGGAAGGGAGGCUUUGCAGACUUUGGAAGCAUGUCAAAGAGGUGGAAUAAACCUGUGCUGUCUUCAAAGGGCUCCAGGGGCCAUCCUGUGGCCCGCAAGCCAACCUACCCACUGCCUCCUUCCAAAAAACCCGGACCGGCCAGACCGGCCCCUCCGCCGUACGGAGCUUAUCUGAGUGCAGGGAGGUUGGGGGCACAUCAACAGUGCUGUCCAUUGAUUUCAUCAAGGACCGUUGGGCGCGAGACGAGCGAUGCUGAGGCCCGAGUUCAGCCGGAACUCAUCCCAAGGCCGCAAGCCGCGGCCAAGCGCACGGUACGGCUCGUGUUCAUGGCCUGUGCCAGGACUCGCCGUCCGGUAGAACCACCCUUGCGGCCUCCGCCGCGUUUCCGCACCUUAGAGGCUUUGGAAGUGAAAUGGAGCAGCUGGAGUGGGCCAAGCGUGAGGGCAAGAGGGAGGAGGCGGAGCGUCUGCGUAGGCUCCGCCUCCAGGAGCAGCAGGACCUCGAGCUGGCUCUUGCUCUCAGCAGGGUCGACAUGUCUCGAACGUGAAGCCGAUCCACACUCCUCCAGCACCCGACAAUGCCAAACAGCCAUCGAAAUACUACUUACUCACGCUAGUGCUAAAAACAAUCUCAGAAUGUGGGGACCACUGAAAGACUCGUUUCUGAGCGUUCCCUUGAGCUUUGAGCCUCACUUUUUUUUCUUUUUUUUUUAAAUUCCUUUGCUGCUAAAUAUUUUUAUUCUGUACUACUGUGCCUUUUGAAAUGGUCACUCCGGUUGCUCAUAUAAUGGUUUCAGCCACGGGGCCUUCCGCCACAUGCAUUAAGGCGCACCUAGAACUUGCCC